AUGAAGUUCACUUCUACUGGCCUCAUGGCCUCCCUCGCUGCUUCGGCUUCGGCUUCAGCCCUUCCCCAAUUCGCUCGCAGCUCAUACCCUGCCCCUUCGGCAUCUGCCUCUUCUUCUCCUGCCCGCAUCCUCCUUGGAAACUCUGGUCACAUCUACGUUGCCGACUUUACCCCCAAGACGGGCAAGUUCGAGAUCAGCAUUAACGAAGAGAUUGAGGGUGGAAACUCGUGGAUGGCCUUUGCCGAGCCCAACUUGCUCUAUGCCGUCGAUGAGAACUCGAAUGAGCUGCGUCUCUUUAACCUGAACCUCAAGACCAACCAACUCAAUCUUACGACUAAGAAGACUGGCAGCACUGGUGUUGUCCACCUCGAGUUCAACUCUGAUAAAAGUCGCAUGGUUGGUGCUGCUUACGGAAACGGUACCAUUGAUGUUUGGAACACAAAGGAUGGUGGCCUGGAGCUCAUAAAGACCAUCAAGUCUCCUGGCAAGCUCGGCCCCAACAAGGAGCGUCAGGAUACUCCUCAUCCUCAUCAGGCCAACCUCGAUCCUUCAGGCCGUUACUUCGCUGUCAACGAUCUUGGCACCGACUCUGUCGUCCUUAUCGACUCCAAGAACGACGCUUUCACAGCAAAGAACAUCCCCAUCGAGGCUGGCUGUGGUCCUCGUCACGGCGUCUUCUACCCUCGCGGCCAGGACAAGGCCACACAUUACAUCAUCGCCUGUGAACUGAGCAACCAGGCUCUCGUCUACUCAGUCACCUACAAGGCCAACACCCUCGCUCUCAAGCACUACCAGUCCAUUUCCACCUACGGCAAGGAUGCUCCCGCCAAGGAUAUUAAGAAGGCUGCUGUUGGUGAGAUCAUCCUUAGUCCCAGCAACAAGGAUGUCUACAUCUCCAACCGUCUCUCCGGACAAAAGACUGACUCUAUUGCUCGUUUCACCAUUGCCGAGUGCGGAACUCUGACUUAUGCUGAGACUGUUUCUUCUGGUGGUCUCCUGCCCCGUAUGAUGAGCUUCAGCUUGACUGCUAAGCACAUCUUUGUCGGUAACCAGGAUGGUACCAAUGGCCUUGUCGCUCUGAAGCGUGGCUCUGAUGGCAAGCUUGUUGAGAAGCCCGUCGGCAGCCUUCCUGGCUCUGUGUUUGGCGAAGCUCUAUUCGGACCCCAGUACGUUCAGCAGAUCGCCUAA